AUGCUCUCCUCAACACCAGCCUUCACCAUGAGGCUCAUCUCCCGUCGGCCCCUGAGAGCACGGUCUCUCUUCCACUCAUCCAGGCCAUUCUCCGCCUCGCCGUCUCCCAGGCGACCCUCGCCCCUCGCCUCUGCCGCAACCGCCAGAACCCAAGUCUACAUCUCCCGCUCGUCGGACCCCUUCCUCAACCUGUCCAUAGAGCACCACCUCCUCCAGACGACCCCCUCCGAGUCCACCGUGCUCUUCCUGUACACGAACCGCCCCAGCGUCGUCAUAGGCCGCAACCAGAACCCCUGGCUCGAGCUCAACCUGCCCCUGCUGCACGCCUACGUCCCCCGCCCCGCCACCCAAGGCCGAGGAGACGACGGCAAGGACGGUCACGCCGCCGGCGUCACCCUCGUGAGACGACGCUCCGGCGGCGGCAGCGUCUUCCAUGAUGCCGGUAACGUCAACUUUAGCGUCAUCUGCCCGCCUGCCGCCUUCGACCGCGACCGCCACGCCGAGAUGGUCGUGCGCGCCCUCCGUGGUCUCGGCGUUCCCGGCGCCCGCGUCAACUGCCGCCACGACAUUGUCGUCGACGUCGGCGCCGACGCCGACGCUGGCAAGGCUGGUGGUGUCAGGGCACCGCCGCAGGCCUCGUCGGCCCCGGCGCCCGAGACCUGCGCCGCCAACAAGGGGCCCGAGGACAAGGCGACGUUCAAGGUGUCUGGGUCGGCGUACAAACUAACGAGGUUGCGGUCGCUGCAUCACGGCACGUGUCUGCUGUCGUCGCCGAACCUCGGUUCCAUCGGGCAGAUGCUGCGGUCGCCCGCCGAGCCCUUCAUCAAGGGCCGCGGCGUCGAGAGUGUGCGCUCGCCGGUGCGCAACGUCGGCGUCGGCAACGAGGAGUUUGAGGGCGCCGUCGUCCGCGAGUUUGGCGCCAUGUAUGGUGCCUUUGACGUCAUUGCUGAGGUGGAUGAGGACGCCGCCGAGUUGGAGAGCGUGCGGAGGGGCAUGAAGGAGCUGCAGGUGAGCUUUGGCACCACCCGCCAUGGGCUGCAACGUUCGAGAGACUGGCUCUACGGACAGACGCCGCUCUUUUCCUUCUCGACUCGGCCUACGGAGGACGACCCGAGGCCGAGGCCAACGCUGCCUGACGAUUUCAACCUGAGCUUCGAGGCUCGCCAGGGCGUGCUGCAGAGCUUCGUCCUCGGCAGCACGUCGCCUGCGGGCGAAAAGUGGUCAGUCGCAUCGCUUACCGAUGCCAAAAUACACGACGUCAACGACUGGGUGGAGCGCCUUCGCGGAGGCGGCGUCAACAGCGAUCGGGCCUCGGCGAUCGGCUCCUGGCUCAACGGCCUUUUAGGCGCCGGUGGCGGUCGGUGA